UUGACACUCACAAUAUCGACUGCCACAGAACGAGACCGAAAGUGUACUCUAUCACAUCGUGACCAUCUUUGUUUGCCUCUCUUUCGCUCUCUUCCUCCCGUCCUCACUCUCUCUCACUCUUUUUUUCCUCUCUCUCUCUCUCUCUCUUUCUCUUUUUCUCUCUCUUUCUGUUGCUCUCUUUCAUCUGCAAAGCCAUCUAAUCUCGCGAUGAUAAUAUGAAGAUACAAGGACGAGCAUCAAUUACGAGAUACAUGGAGAAGAAACUAAACAUUUGUCUCUUCAUGCAGUUAUAGUUCGAUAGUCAUAUCACGCUCGAUUUCUUAUUGCAAAGAAGUGUGAUCAUUAAUUUCGAUCUGUCGAAGAUAGAGAUUGAAACAAGACUCGCGAGUAUCGAUAUGGUUUGCCGUCUUUCAAGAUAAUCGAAACAACUACGAAAGAUUUUUGAAAGAUACAUUGAGAAGACAUCGUAUAAACAAUGUUUAAAAAAGUUCGAUACCUUUUCGCAAUAAUGCUUUGCAUUGCGAACAUGAUCAUCUACGGUCUCAAGGUCAAUAUGGCAAUAGCUAUAGUUGGUAUGGUGAAACUUGAAAAAUCCGUAGCGUCAGACGAGUGUCCUGAAUUUGGAGAUUUAUCUGUAAAGCAAAUUACGGAUAUGGAAGGACCAUUUCAUUGGUCGACCACUCAGCAAGGACUUGUCAUUAGUAUAUAUUUCGCAGGAUAUCUCAUUGGAAUGUUUCCUUCAGGAUACUUCGCCGAUCGAUUUAACACGAAGCUAGUGUUAUUGAUAUGUGUGUUAGCCAACUCAAUUCUAACGAUCAUCGUGCCAAUUUGUGCAAGCAUUUUGUCACUUCUACUCUUCGUGAGAUUUUUUAUGGGUAUUAUGAGUGCUGCUAAUCUUCCAAUAGUGAACGUUCUGUUGGGAAAAUGGGUUGUUUACGAGGAAAAGAGUAUGUGGGUUGGAAUAAUCUACGCUGGAACAUCUCUAGGAACUGUCAUAUCGAUUCUGACAUCUGGCUUAAUCUUGAAAGAUUUAGGAUGGGAAGCUGUGUUUUAUAUUCAUGGCGUACUCCCAUUACUGUGGUGUAUAGUUUUCUAUUGUUUUUUCGAGGAUUCUCCGGAAAAUCAAAAAUUCAUAACCGAAGAAGAGAGAACACUAUUAAUCACUACGUAUGGUCAUCGAACACCACAAUCAUCAAAAAUGAAGAUCCCUUGGAAAGCAAUCUUUACUUCUGUACCAUUCUGGGCACUUAUCUGGACCAAUACUCUGGGAAACUUUUGUUGGUAUUUCUUACUCACUCAAAUGCCACUUUACAUGAACAAAAUACUUCGAUAUGAUAUUCAAUCCAAUGCGAUGAUCACUUGUUCUCCAUAUUUAAUGAACGCCAUAAUUAAUCCGCUCAUUGGUAAAGCAUUAGAUGCAGGUAGAAAUAAAGGUAUCUGGUCGCAAACGACGGCAAGAAAAAUUGCUGUUUUCAUAAGUGCUGUUCCACCUGGUAUCUUUCUCAUAAUAAUUAUGUAUAGUGGAUGUCGUCGUAUAAUUGCGACGGUUUUAUUAGUUCUAAGUAUCGUUGUUUGUGGAGCUAUUUUCGUUGGUCAUCUUUGUAAUCAAAACGAUUUGGCACCGAAUUACGCUGGUAUUCUUAUGGGAAUAACGAAUACACCUGGAACAAUUUCAGCGUUCAUCUUACCAGCCUUGGUGGGCGCUUUAAUGGAAGAAGGACAUACGUUUGCACGCUGGAGAAUCGUUUUUUGGAUAACCGUCAUUGCUCAGUUUCUUGCCUUCUUAAUAUUUGUUACCUUUGGUUCCGCAAAAAUUCAACCAUGGAAUUAUCCAGAAUCAGGAGACACGAAUUUGGAACAGAUGGGAGAACGCCGGGAAAGAACUUAAACGAAUUUUGUAUUUACGUCUGUUACUUAUGAAAAUCAUUGCGAGAAGGGUCGAUAGAAUGAGAUAGAAUAUUUACAAAAAAUUCGACGGUGAUCUUAAAAAGUAUACGUGCAUAUGUUUUAAUAUGUUUAUUUACACAAAAGGAACGAUGAUUCUAUUUUUCUUCUUUUUUCUUUUAUGUAAAAACAUAUAACCGCAAUUUUGCGAUUUUAAUAUAUGAUCCAAUCGAUAGAUCUUUUUAAUAUAUAUUUUUAAUAAAAAUUGUUAACAUAUCGACCUUUCGAUGAUAUUUUCUAGAUAAGAUAUUCCAUUGAAAACAUUCUCUUGUUAUUAAUUUUAUUACAAUAUUGCUGCUUGUCGUUUGAAACAAUAUUUCAUACCACUGUACGUCGAUCUAUGUAAUGUUACAAUUUUUUUAUAAAUAUGAAAUCGUUUUAUUCAGAUAUAUUUUAACGUGUUUGUUUUAUUACGUAAAAAGAAACGAUGAAAAAGAAGAAAAAGAAAAACAAAAUAAACAGGAAGACAGAAGACAUAGAGGACAAAUUAGACGUCGACGAGUGUAGACGAGUGUAGACACAUUCCAAAAUCUGCUAGGAGUGUUACCGAAAGAUGCGAAAGAAUGAUAUGGCGAGUAUUUCGAAAAAGA